CGUAAAGCCAGAAAACUAGUGCUGCAAAGGGCACGCGUUCUUUUAAUUUGUUGCUAAUGUUUUUUUGGGAGUGGUUGUGUUUGUUAAUUUAAAGCGUUUAUUUACCUGCAGCUAAUCGGUUGUUUAUCGAUCAAGAUAACUUAAGAUAUAACCGAUGAAAUCCUGGGAGAUAGCCCUGGUGGCGCUUGCCGCCGUUUACUUGUGCUCGCAAGUGAACUUUGUGGCUGGAUUGGAGUGCUAUGUGUGCUCCAACCAGACGGGCAAUACGGAGAAGUGCCUGAACACCAUCAAGACCUGCGAGCCCUUCGAGAAUGUCUGUGGCACUGAAAUCCGCUGGGGCUCCCAGCCGUAUUUCUCGGAAGGAGCCCUCAAACAAUACUAUGUGUCCAAGCGAUGCAUGACCAAGGAGCAGUGCCAGUCCAAGAGGAAACGAUACAUGCAGCUGUACUGCACCCACAUCUGGUACGAGGAUUGGGCCUGCAACGAGUGCUGCCAGGGAGAUCGGUGCAACUACUUCGUGAUUAGUGGCGCUACCUCAAGACAAAGUUAUGGAGUCGGUUUGACCCUGGUAAUCACACUUUUAGGGCUGGGAUCCUGGCUGAUUCCACGCUCCUAGCCUCGAACGGCAUUAUAAGAACGCUCCGAUGUAUUAAUUCGACAAAUCACUCCGUAAGCUAAGUAGAUUACACAGUCCAUUUGUUUAGUAUACCGUCCAAGUGCCUUGAAGUUACAGAGUAGACUUAUAUCAAAUACUUUACAAACUCUACGUAUCAUUUCUUCAUUGCAAACAUUUCCUCUAACAAGUUAUAAAGUAGACUCUUAUUUCGAAUAUUUUACAAACUCUUAACGAACACUUAAAUUUUUUAACUAGAAACAUUGCCCCUACCAUAUAUAUUUUCUGUAUUUUUAUGUAUUUUUCUAUGCUGUCUAAAAUGACAUUCCCGUUUAAUAUCUCAAUUUUGUGAGGCAUUACAUCUCGAAACAUUUCCAAUACCGAAUAAUUUGUUUCUAUUCUUUCAUUCCAUUUUUUUGAGAUAAUAAACAUAUCAAAUUUGAUUAGACUGCAUUUGGCUUUAUAAAGCAAUAAAAUUUCGUGAUGCUUGCAGAAAAUUCUACUUAUUGAUUAAAGUAAAAUAUGAUAGGGAAAUACUUUUUAACACAGUACUUUAAAUGUCCUGUCAAGCUCAACAUAUCCUUCGUAAACAUGUCUAUAUAUACUGUAAGACCUGAACAAUGCCUUAUUUAUGUAUGAAACCUAAUCCAAAUUGAAUCUCCUCUCUGCAAUAAAGCAACUUUGACGUCUUUUUGGCGCUUUAA